ACACUCCCAUUUUCAAGGACAAGACCGGUUACUCUGCAACCACGAUCACAAAAACAGCAGACGGAGGGAGAAUCUUCGAAUCUUGGUGUGGGAGAGAAGGAAAUGGUGAACUAUGUGCUUAAAAUCACCGCUGAUCUCGAGAAUCUCACAAAUCUCCAGCCCUCCGGUGGCUGCGACGACUCCAACUUCCCUUACCUCUUCAAGUUAAAAUGUGAAAGAUGCGGAGAGGUGACUCAGAAAGAAACAUGUGUGACUUUGAAUGAGACAUUUACUCCUCCAGGAGGAAGGGGUACUUGUCAUCUUGUUCAGAAGUGUAAGUUCUGUGGAAGGGAAGGGAAUGUGACAAUGAUUCCGGGAAAAGGUCGACCUUUGACUCUGGAAGAUUCUGAAGCUGGAGUACAUGCUCCUCUUAUGAUGUUUGACUGUCGAGGCUAUGAACCCAUCGAUUUCGGGUUUGGUGGAUUUUGGAAAGCUGAAGCUGAAUCUGGAACCAAAUUUGAUGACAUUGAUUUGUCGAGCGGAGAGGAAUUCACAGAGUACGAUGAGAAGGGCGAGUGCCCGGUUAUGAUAUCAAACUUCCGUGCAAGCUUCAGCGUCACCAAGUAAAGUCGGCGUUUGUUGUUCUAUUUUCUGAUUCUCUACACACUUGGUGUAUGUAAAAACCAUGAGAAGAUCAUUACUCUAGUUCUAAUAAAGCUCCUAUGUUCUGAAACUCAGUUCCUAUGUUAUUCUGCUGUUUCUGCUACAAAAACCAUCGAAAGUUUCAGAAUUUACAAGGAGAAUAUAUAACAAACAAACCUUAUAUACA